AUGGAGGAUUUUCCCAAUGCCUCCGCCUAUUGUCAACGUCUAAAGAGCCUUGCGGAUCAACUGAAAAACGUCGGGGCUCCUGUGACGAAUAGCCGCCUUGUCCUUCAACUAGUUUCAGGUCUCACUGAAGCGUACAAAGGGAUUGGGACACAAAUUCGCCAUGCUAAGCCUCUCCCUCCAUUCACAGAGGCUCGGUCUUCUCUUGUUUUGGAAGAACGUGAACUUGCGGCAAUGAUGUCUCACGGGUCUGGUUCGGCUAUGGUAGCCGCGGUCGACGACGCGACACUGCCCUCUGAAAACAUAAGCUCACGCCGAGGGAAAACCAAAAAUUCCCACCGCCAAAAUUCUGGGACUGGCCGGAAAAAUGGUUCUGGUCGCGGCUCAGGCGGCGGUAAAAACACUGGCAGCAGCGGCGGACGUGGUGGUCCAGGCCGUAGCAGCGGCGGUCCGCAGCCAGCGGGCUACUCUUCGCAGCAGUGGCCAGCCGGACAGUUUGGCCACUGGAAGUGGGUACCGCAGCCUCGCUGGGCUGCUGCUCUCCCCCCUGCCCGUACCCGAUGA